AUGGCUGCCCUCAGACCUCUGGUGAAGCUCAAGAUCGUUAAAAAGAGGACCAAGAAGUUCAUCUGGCACCAGUCAGACGGAUACGUCAAAAUUAAGUACAAUUGGCAGAAACCCAGAGGCAUUGACAAUAGGCUGUGCAGAAGAUUCAAGGGCCAGAUCUUGAUGCCCAACAAUGGUUACAGAAGCAACAAGAAGACAAAGCACAUGCUGCCCAGUGGCUUCAGGAAUUUCCUAGUCCACCACAUCAAGGAGCUUGAAGGACUGCUGAUGUGCAACAAAUCUUACUGUGCAGAGAUUGCUCACAAUGUAUCCUCCAAGAACCACAAAGCCACUGUGGAAAGAGCAGCCCAUUGGGCCAUCAGAGUCACCAAUCCCAAUGCCAGGCUGCGCAGCGAAGAAUUGAAUAGACAGCUAAUGUGCGGGUCAUAUUUGCGUUAA